CAAGAAUUCUGCACAGGUGAUCACCGUGCAAGAAGAAGUUUGCUGGUUGAAUUGCUGGGAUCAUCGGAAGCUUGGGCUGGAGUGUAGUUAAGAGAAAAGAAAGCUCUACAAAUCUUCUUUGCCUUCACACGAUUGAAAAUUAAAGGGCUUUGGAAUCUUUUGAAAGCAUUAAAAAAGUUUUUCCCAUAUUGUAAAGUAGAAUUUAUUUACUUAAGCUGACUUGCCCUAUGCGGUGGAAAUGAAUUUCUUAGUUACCAACAUAUCAUAUUAUUCUCUUCCAAUCGUCUCUCUUUCAAAACUGUUAUCUUUCUUCUACAAAGUAUGUUGAGAAAUCUGGUAAUGAAUGGUAACGAUAUACUUUUGUAUACUUGCUUGGUGGCAGUUUCUGAAACUUGAGUCACAGUGAAGGGAUUCCUAGGCCUUUUUUUACAUUGAAUUGAUUGAAGAUUGUUUUGUUCAAUUGAUUAGGCUUUUUUAAUCCUCUUGUAUCUGACUCUAAGAGUUGGUCGUGUGGGCGGGGAAUGAUCCUUUAUAAAGUCCUGAUUUUUUGAUGUUGAAGUUUGAUCUUCAGCAGCACCACCGUCUCAAAGUUCCUUAUUCAUUAACCGGAUUGCAUUCAACAGAGUACAUCGCGAUGGACAUGAAAAGGAUAUCCUGGGUAGGAAAUGUAUACCAGAAGUUUGAAGCUAUGUGUUUGGAGAUUGAGGACGUCGUGUAUAAGGACACUAUAGACUAUGUUGAAAAUCAAGUGCAAACCGUGGGAGAAAGUGUGAAGAAGUUUUGUUCAGAAAUGAUGCAUGAUUUGCAUCCCGAGUCUGGCACUGAUCCAGUUAGUGUUGCUGCUGCUGCCGACUUUUCUGUGAAUCCUUAUGCUUACCUCGAGAUUGAGAAAAAGGGGAAAAAGGGGAAAAAGGAAAAAUGUGAAAACUACAGAAGUAAAGAUGUGAAUACCACAGACGAUGCUCAAGUCAUCAAGGGAAGAAGUAAACCUGAUGGGCUAUAUAAACGCCGAAGUGUUGGCAUCAGAAAGACCGAAGGCAACCAUUUUCCACUAAUGGUGCCUUCACCUGUGGCUUGUGAGUCUUGGGAGAGGAAUAGUAGGAACUCUUCAGUCUGUGAAUUAAGUGAAAGAGUGGAGGACACUUGUGACCAUGUAGCAGAUACAAAUAUGAACAGAACGUGUUGCUCUAUAGAGAAUGUUGUGUCUGAUGAGGCAUUAGUAGAUGGAUCAGCUGGGCAGAGGCAAGAAGAUCCUGAAUGCACUACCACUUUUGAUGGAUCAUCGUCUAGAUCAAGUGGUACAGAACAAGCACAUAUGACAAAUUGCCCAAUUUCUCAUACAGGUGGUGUCAAUACAAUCAACAGUGGAUCUGCAGAGAGAUCAAAUAAGCAUGAUUGCAAUGCAGUGGAGGCAUUAAAUGUGCUUGAUCAAGAAGGGGAAGUAAUCGAUCAAGAAGGCGAAGCAGCUGAUCAAGAUGUGGAUGAGACAUGUGUAUUGGUUGAAGGGGAUGGACUUCAUAUUCCCCAUGUUCCUGUCAAACCCAAAUCAUAUAAGAAAAAAAUCCGUGAAGCAUUUUCAUCGAAAGCAAGAUUAACCAUGAAGGAGUAUCAGAAGCUGGCAGCAAAAUAUGAAGAGCAGGCUGCAGAAAGAGAUGGGGGAGAAAAUGCCCCACCUGUGUUGGUGAGAAUGAAGGCAAGCACUGAUGGUAUACCAUCAGAUAGCAGUGACUUCCCUGACUCUGAGUGGGAGCUUCUCUAGUUGCAAUGCUUGCCUGCAGGCUGCAGCUAGUAAUAAAAAUUUUCAUUUCAUAGAUCAAUGUAUAUAUAUACCUUAUAUAUAUAUAUUUGUAGAGAAUGUACAAUAUCGAAGCAGAUUAAAGAGUUUUUUAUGAUUAUUAUUAUUAUUAGUAUUAUACUCUAGUUAUUAUUAUAUUCUCCUCUCCAUACUAAAAAUGAGCUAGCUCUCUUCUUCCUUCUAAGCAGACAGGUAAAAAAGUUGCUCUUAUAUGAAAUAUAAACAUAACUCGACUAAAAAAGAUUUUAACUUUAAUUCUGGUAUUGAGUUCUAAGAAUUAGUUCUUCGUUGCAUUUAUAGUUCCUUUUUUCAAAAUUUUUAAUAGAAACAAUUAUCUUUGUGGUUGGGUAAUUGGGUAAAUGUCAGUUUUGGAUUGAAAAAUUUACAUUCUUGCACAGUACACGCACGGUGUCCUCACGGAACGUGCACGGUACUCAUCUUGGGGAGAGUGUAGACUGUACGGCAAGCCAUCGGGGUUGCUCUCUUCAAACAAUGAUUUUCUGAGGGGAAUUCAUGAAAAUUGAUUUCUUUUUCUAGUAAACUUAAAUUAUACUCCUUCCUUUCCGGUCGUUUCUUACAACUUUCUUUUUUGAACUGUCCCAGUUAAUUCUUUCAAUUUCCACUUUUGAAAAAAAUAUGUGAUUUACAUUCAUUCACUUUUUUCUUACCCAACUAUAACCAUACAUUUUCACUUUAUUCUCACUACCUAAAUUUGCGAUACCGGUCAAAACCGGAAGAAAUGACCGGGACGGAGGGAGUAAUGUACAACACGUUUUUCUAAACAUAUUUUUUGUUGGACUCAUUUUAUAGUCAAAGAGAAUGAUCGAUAGGAGCCAUUUGGUAACGCCUAAAUUGAUAAAUUGAUUAAAUCAGUUGAAAUUUUGAUUGAAAUAGUUGAAGAUGUUGAUUUAUGAAACAAUAUAUUAAAAUAUUUUUCAUUAAUUUGACAAAGAAAAAGUUAAAUGCAUUACAGUUAAAAUAGUCUUCCUUAGUAACAUCAAUCAAUUUUGCAAGAAAAAUAAUUUUAUCAUACUUAUUUUGAUUAUGAUAAUACAAGAAAAAUAAUUUUAAUCACAGUUGUUUUGAUACUUGGGUAAAAUAGUUGAUUGAUAAAAUGGACAAGUUGAAAAUAGAAACUAUCAAACAUGUUCUAAAAAUAGUGUAAAAUCGUCAAGUACUACCUCUCUUGUGGUUUAAACUUUUUAUUGAAAAUCAUACGAGUAUUUAUACAAUAAUUAGAUAAUGUAAUAUAUAUAUAUAUAUAUAUAUAUAUAUAUAUUGAUAAAUAGUUUUGAUGAUUAAAGUAUCGUAUGAGAGUGUUAAUUACUACGUAUAUUCUAAAGUAGAAAUAAGAAGUAUAUAUUAUCGUAUGUAUGGAUGGACUCGGGCCGGGUGGCCCGACCCGGAACCGGUCCGGGACAGGCACUGUUCUGGCCCGGCCCGACCCGGUGGCCCGGUCAGUGACCCGUGGGUUUUUCGGUCCGGGCUCGGGUCACCCAAAACAAGGCCCGACCCGGCCAAGCCCGGGCCCGGUUCGGGCCAAAACUUGUUUUUUCAAUUUUUUUAAAUUUUUGAGUUGAGCUGGGUAUUUUGGGCCAUUUGGAGUGAUUUGGGGGGUUGGGGGUAGGAGGGAGGUUAAUUAGGAAGAGGAAAAAAAUUUGAUAAUGGGCCCGGACCGGACCCGGUGGUUACCCGAGCCGGUCCCGGGUCCACCACUUCUGAACCGCCGGCCAGCCCGGGCCUAGGCUCGACCCGGACCCGGCCCGGACCCGAGUCCAUCCCUAAUCGUAUGUUGGAGAAGCGUUUGACGUGCGAUAGUGUUGUAGUUUUAAAAACUGUGGUGGUUACGUUGCUCUCUAAAGUAUUUACAUAAUAGUGUGUAUUAAAAUAUAUUGCAAAUGAUUAAGGUAUGAAGUGUAUUUAAAAUAUAUUGCAAAUGAAUAAGGUAUGACGUGCGAUAGUAUAUUACUCCCUCCGUCCCGGUCAUUUCUUUCAACUUUCUUUUUUGGGCCGUCCCAAUUAAUUCUUCCAACUUCCACUUUUGGAAAAAAUAUGUGGUUCACAUUCAUUCACUUUUUUCUUACACAACUACAAUAAUACAUUUUCACUUUAUUCUCAUUACCUAAAUUUGCGAUACCGGUCAAAACUGGAAGAAAUGAUCGGGACGGAGAAAGUAUUAGAAAAUCGUACUCAAAGUAAAGUAUGUGAAUAGUGCAGAAAUUCCAAUGUUGCAACUUUUAUGGAACGGAAGAAGUAUGUUCUUCUCUAGGCUUCCAAUCUUGUAAUACAUAGCUAGUUACCAUUUACACAUCAAUGCAAAUAAUCAUGGCGUAGGCACGGUAAAUGUUAUAGUGAUCGAGUCAAUAGACAUGAUUUUUUGUAGGGGUGGGCAUUUCGGUUUUCGGUUCGGUUUUCUUCGGUUUCGGUUCGGUUUCGGUUUAAUCGGUUUGAUAGAAAAUGUACCAAAUACAAACCGAUUAAGUUUCGGUUUGGUUUCGGUUUGGUAUGGUUCGGUUCGGUUUGGAGUUCGGUUUACCAAAGUAUUAAGGAUUGGAUUGAAAAAAAAAUAACUCAAAAUAAUGAACCAAGAAGCGAUAGUAAUGAACCAAAUAUAUUGUUAGAUAUAAAUUUGCAAACAGUAACAAAACACGUAUGAACUAAAAAUAUAUAAGCAUGACACAUUUGUAAGCAACAACAACAACAACGUGAAUGAAUCAAAUUAUAUAUAAAGUCAAAACAAAAACAAAAUUGGUGCUCGUAAGUAAUGAACCAAAUAUAUAGUAGUAGUAGAUAAUAAAUUAUACGUAGUAGUUAAAUACUAUCUACUUAAACCACUAUAAUUGUUACAGUUGUGAAUGUAACUCUUGUAGUAAACUCUAGUCCCGGACACUAAAAUUAAAGAAUUAAAGCUUCAAAAAGAUUAACAUCAAUCAAAUUAAUGAGAGAAAUCUUAUAUUUUGGUUUGGUUUAGUUUGGUGUAAGUAGGUUUUGAUUUGUUAUUUUAAAAAAAUAAGAAAUUAUUUCAAUUUUAGAUUAGUUCGGUUUUAUUCGGUUUUAUGAUUUCGGUUAGGUUUGGUUCGGUUUAAUACGGUUUGGGAGGAAUACUACCAAACUCAAACCAAACUACAAAUGGUUCGGAUUCGAUUCGGUUUAAUUCGGUUUGGUACGGUUCGGUUCGGUCAAACCGAACCGUUAUGCCCACCCCUAAUUUUUCGUAUGAAUGUUUACACCAAAGUUUUACCCACAACAAGCAUGCAUCCUUCAAUUACAAUAAGAAUGUGUUCUGUAUAAAUGUACCUCUAAGAGCCACCUUAUUAAUGCUUUAGAUACUCAUUUCCUCCCUUGCUCUAUCUUUUAAUAGCCACUAGGGAUUCCAUGUGUCCUACGGACACUACGUUAAACAUACUUCAAAAGAGCAAUCCCCCCAAAAAAAGAAGUCACCACAUUCCUGAGAGCCCCUAACCCCGACCGGACGGUACGUAGGGAUGAUGUAAAUUGGAUUAUAAUCCCAAUCUGACAGAUAGAGAGUGGAGUUCUGUCUCUGAUACUUGCACAAGCUCUAUACAUAUUUUAGUAUAGUAACCUCUCAUCACAGUUGUCAGGAUUCGAACCCGAGACUUAACAUUUGUGUCAUUCUCUCGUUACUAGUUGAGCUACGCCCACCGGUUCAAAAGAGCUAUCCCAUAAAUUCCAAACCAUCAUACAUAAUUAAGAAAUGAAAUGCUUAGAAGGGCCAAACAUACCUUAGUUGGAAUUGAAUAAGGUAUAGUAGCAACAACGUAAGUAGAGUUGUUUUUGGAAAACUGAUCAAUGCAUGUGUUAGAACUUAUCGUCAAGGACCCGACAUCCUUUGUUGUUCUUGUAGUAGCUCCACUAGCCUUUUGAGGGGCAGAGAAGACGUACUUUUCAUAUGAUAUUUUCCAGGCUUUUCG